AUGCCAACCCCCACCCCCAUCUACCACUUCUUCUUCCUGCUUUUCCUACUCCUCUUCAUCGUCGCCCCCGCUACCCCCACCCCAGCACGCCCAAAACACCUAGGCAAGAAAUGGUGCAAGAUUCCCGAGGAGUUCUGCACCACGCACGAGGAUGACGGCGAGAGAGCAUGCUACAUGCCACUCGGCAUGCGCUGCGAGAGGUCUGGUGAGAUUGUGGAUGUGACGGAGACUGUUUUUGAGACUGUUACUGUUACGAUGCCGUAUGAUGCGGCGGUGGAGACGCAGGUGGGAUAUUGGGGGUAUGAUAUCGAUGAGCAUGGUAACCCUAUGAAGGCUCCUGAGGAUACACCAAGAAAUAAAACCAAAAGAGCACUAGCCACAAACCCAGACACCGAAUCCCCAAAGCCAAAGCCCCAUCCCGACGCCCAACACCAGUCACCAGAUAGCCUCCUCCCCCGUGCAGCAGCAGCAGAAACCAUUACCUCCAGAUUUGACUUCACGACCCGAGCACCGGCCGCGUUGUUUCGUGAGUUCAUGGGCGAUUUUGCUGCCCAGGCUAGUGCUACGGCGAGGCCUACAGUGCAGUUUGAGAGACUGCCGGAGCUGGUCAUUGAGGAUGUACAGGGGGGGGAUGGGGGGGGUGGAGUUCAUGGGGGGUUUAAAAGGUAUAUCAUGGGGGAGGAGGAGCCAUAUGGAGAUUAUGAGCAUGAUGAUGGUUAUGACAGUGGUGAUGACGGUGAUAGUGAUGAUGACGAAACCCCCAAAACCCCCACCCCCACCCACCUCCCGCCCAAAACCAUCUGGGCCAACAAACCCAUCCUCGAAGUCAGCUGUGUCGUGCGCGCGCGCCUACUCUGGGACGACUUCAAGAUCACCUGGGGCCCCGCAUGGAAGGACGACACCGGGUGCAGGCGCCUCUUCACCGCCAUGGACAAGCGCGGCCUCGUCACGGGCUACAAGUGCGGCCAGUUUGCGGACCCCGCGACGAACUCGUUCCAUAUGGAGGCGAGGGGACAUCGACCGAGGUUUCCGAAGAGUCUGGUGGCGGAUGCGAUUAGAGAGGGGUUUGGGAAUGAGAAUACGCUUUAUUAUCGCGGGUAUGAGAACGCGUUGCUGUGUGAGAGGAAUAAGGAUGGAUGGUUUUCGAAGACGUGA